AUGUUAUCUUUGAAGCUUAACAUUUUGAUUAUUUCUACGUUACUUUUUAGUACAUCUUUAUCUCAAGAUUAUCAAAAUGUGGAUUCUAGAUCUAUGAUUUUAGACAAUUAUAUGGCACAAAAUGAUGUAUCAGUAGAAUUCAUAAAUAAAAAACCAUUGAAGAAUGUUUUUUUAAAAGAUGAUGCAAUUGAAUUUUUUUCAAGAUCAAAACGCAAAACAUUUGGUAGUAGACUAAAAGCAGAACAAUUAAGAAAUAAACAAGCAUUUUGA